AUGCUGGCGGAGUCCGCGAAACCCGCCGUGGCAGAAAGCGCGAUGAGAGCAAGUUGGGUGCAACGCCGCCUCUCAGAGAAAGUGGAGGGGACCGUGGAUUGGCAGAAGGACAAGUUGCUUCACUGGCUUUCCUGGCUACUGGAUGAUGUACUUGGACCUGAGCGCCUGGACGAGGCACUUCGGUGGGCUUGGAAGGGCCAAGAGAUGACCAUCCCAGGUCCGGCCCAGGCAUUGUUAACAAGCACUAUCCAGCAGCCAGACGCUGGCUUGAAGCUGAAGCUCGAGGUCUUCUUGGUGCAGGCUGUGGUUGACGGAGCCGAUGGCAUGUCGUCGUUCUCUCCGGUGCAAGCAGCCGGACCGGAGGACCUCAGCUUCGAGGUUGCUUGGGGCGCCGCCCUUGGGCUGGGUGUCGAAGUGAAAGUGAACAUGGAAGCGAUUGACUUGGCGACUGGACAGUCUCAGGGUUCAGUCGUGCAGGAGAUGAGUCUGCACCUCGGCCUCAUGCAACCUUCACUGGGCAUCACAGCUCAAGCGCUCGUCCUGGCAGACCAGUGGCCAGGCCGGCACACCUUGGCACAGCUGCUCCUGGAACCGAGAGCGUGUCUUACCAGCAUCUUCCAGUCUGCGCCCCAAGUCCAAACCCUCGAAGCGAAGUUCUCGACGCUUGCUGCUCCUUUGAGCUUCGAGGCCAAGACAACAGGUGCUUUGGAGGCAUCCAUAUCCUCGUUACUCAACCACGUCGUGGUGCUUUUCAACCAGGUUUACGAGCCUCUGUUGCCUGGGGCCAUCCAGCGGGCCGCCGGAUCAAAACUUCUGCUGUCCAAGUUGAAUGACGCCCUGAAAGCGCAGAUGAAACCUGGAGGUUGUAUUGAUCCCUCUAUGGCUUCUCAGAAGAUUCGCACUCAAGUGCCUCAGAACUACAGCAACUGGCCACCUCUCUUCGACACUGCGUUUCGGAGUCGGUUGAACAAUUUCAUUGAUGGCUUUCUCGCGCAGAACACGUCAGUUUUGGACCAGUGCUUCUCCGAUGUACCAAGCCUCAGGCUUCCAUUAGAUGCCGAGUUCACCAUAAAGCAGCUGAGUGCCGAGGGCACGGACCAGGUCAGCAACCUCCGAGUGCUGAUCCCCGAGACGCAGCCCAGUUUGCUGGGCAUGAGUGUUGCAGUGAAGUGCCCAGCGCCUGCAGCGGCAUGGCGGCCGAGUCUCGGCAUCAAUGGAUCUUUACUGGCUGGAGGCUUUCAAGGCAGUGGCCUGGCAAGUGUCGUGGUGCCAUGCGGAGCUGCCGGCGCAGAAAUUGAAGUUGUCCUUGACCUUUGGAGCCUCUUGGAUUUGCAGCUUCCGUCAAGCCCAGCUUGCCUUCUGGCGUCUACAUUUGCGAAGCUGGACGUCAAAGAAAUCAACGCGACAUGGGAUGGUGGCGGUGACUUCCAGGUGACGGCAAGCAACGGUUUGCCGCAGGAGCCUUUCAAGGAACUUUGCGAGAUGCACCCUCAAGUUUGCAGAUUGGCUGUGAAGUUCCGCCAGUACCUCGCAGGGAGACUGGGCACUGCCGGCGUGUUCCAGCACUUGCGCGAUUCAAUGCUUAAGCACUGCACUCAGACGGACUCGACCUUGCAGGCACAGCGGGGCGUGGACAGGGAUUCCGGUGGCUACUGGUAUGUCCCUGCCAGCAGCCUGUGGCUCUGGCUGAUCAGCGGGCUUGCAGUGCUGGCAUUGUCUCUGACAUACGGCUUCUGUGCCCAGUUUGGUGAACUCCGGCAUCCGGAUAGCUGUGUGGACUCUCGAAGAGCGCCAGUGCCCUUGGCAAGUGUUUGCUGGUUUGGUGUGCAAAGCUGGCCCGGCUUGCCCUGCUCGGGGAAGUCUGGCACUGUUGCAGUGAGCAUCCUCAUGUCUGCUGGCUUGGUGUCGAGGAUUCUUGCCUGCUUCUGUCUUCCGGUUGCUUCAAGCGGCAUUGAGAUCAUGCACGACAGCAGCAGCAUCUUUAAGGAUGAAACCCUCCUCCUGUUCACCUUCUUCGGCACCGGCGUUCAGUUUGGACUUGGUGGGUCGCUGUACUGCGAGUUCCUGUGGUUCUUUAUGUCGCUUGUGGCGUCCUUGGUUUGUCAUGCCAUCCUGGUCCUGGUGUGGAUGACUCCCUUUCUCGCGAAGCACCGAAGGCAGCUGCUCCUUGUGGCGGUGGUCCUGGGACGAUUUCCGCUCUCCGAGAUCGAGACCACCAGCAACACCAUUUUGAUCCUCAGCAAUCGAGUGUCACUCCCUUUGGGCCUUUCGCAGGCUCUCGGACUUAGCCUGCAAGCAGGGGCCUAUGUCUCCUGGUUCUCAUCCAUCAGCACGCUGCUGGCAAUCCUGAUGCUGCUGGCGCUGCUGCCACGGGAAGUGAAGGCAAGAGACUGGGCGGCAGGGAAGGCACCCGUCAAAGUGAUGGCGCUUCAAGGCAUGGCAGCUGCCAUCAUGACGGCAGGCAUCUGUGUGUGGUGGUUCUGUGACUAUUUAUAUGCUGAAACCGGUGGCAUCGCCGGAGCAUUAAUUGAUCCACCUUCCUACAGUGCCAGCCAGCUCGGCGCAUCAGAUAAAGCCUUACGGACGAUGAUUGUCCUCCUGGCUGUCGUCUGUCCACUGUGUCACGUCGUAGCUUUUUGCCUGGGUCUGUCGGGAAAGGCACCAGCUGCAGCAAGAAAGAUAGCUGGCUUGGCUGCUACAUUCUGUUUGCUGGACCUUUUCACGAUCGGCUACCUGAUCAGCUUCAUUGAAGGCGUCGGAGGCUUCGCCUCCUCAUCCAUUCACGGCCUGGCUCCAAAUAUAUGCGACCUGAGCCAGGAGAGCCUUGAUGAAGACUGCUUAACUAUUCGCACUCGAGUGCUCCCACUUGGCACUGCUGGCUUGGUAGUGGCGACGGCAGCUUGGGCCUCCAUGUGUAGCUUUCAGGUCUUAGGUGCUGGCCAAGACCUUCCAAGGGAAGAAGACCCCAGAGCUGUCACAGCUUAG